UGGUCAGUGACUGCAGACAUAGCUACAGGAGAUGGUCAGAGACUGCAGACAUACUACAGGAGAUGGUCAGAGACUGCAGACAUACUACAGGAGAUGGUCAGAGACUGCAGACAUACUACAGGAGAUGGUCCCAGAGACUGCAGACAUACGUACGGAGAUGGUCCUGAGACUGCAGACAUACUACAGGUGAUGGUCAGAGAUAGCAGACAUACUACAAGGGAAAUGGUCAGGACUGCAAACAGGAUACAGGAGAAGGUGACGAGACUGUGGAACAGAGACUACAGGAGAAGGUCAAUGUACUGCAGGAGAUAGUCAAUAUACUGCAGAGCAGUAAAAAAUACCUCUGUGAGGGACCCAUCAAAUG